AUGGGUGCAAUCCUUGGACGGCUAAGUGAAAUGGAAGAUGAAAACCUGCGACUGCAAGCUGAGCUGGAUCGCGAGAAAGCCAAGGUGGGUAUCCACAAAUUCCUGCCCCUCUACUUGCUCCCUCGACAGUACCCCAAGGCAAUGAUCAGGGAAAUCGUGACGUACCAGACCAACGAGCUGAUCCCUGGAGUAGGAGCUCCACAGCAGCCAGCACCUGUGCCGGGUACCAAGGCAUCUCUUCAGUCGAGCGAGGCCACGGUGAUCGAGGCAUUGGCUCAGAGCAUGCGUCAGCUGCAGGAGAUCCAGCUGAAGAACUUGCAGAAGGAUGGUAUUGGGGAUGAUGUACCAGAAGUAGUCAAAACUGGAUUGGCAGCGCUACCUGUGCUAGGACCUCCGGAUGGUGAUCAGAGCGGCUUGCUAUUCCAAGACUGGUUGGUGCAAAUAACUACGGCAAUGCAAGACUUGUCUUCGGGAUCUGGGUCUUGGUGGGAGUUGGUCAAGAAUGCGGUGACGAAGGCCUACGAGACUUGGCUGGCAGCCUCGCCGUUGGAAAGGCUGGGCAUAGAACCGCAUGCGGCAGCGGACCUGAUUACGGGCAAGUGGGUCAGGGUAAAUGCAAGAUCGUGUGCGAUGGUGGUGCAGGCCAUUCCGGAAGCGAUCAAACACGACUUGAUAGCGCGGAGGGCGACGCAAUCCAUGCCGCUUAUGUUAUUCCCUCUGUAUACGCUCUAUCAGCCUGGAGGAGCAGGCGAGAGGUCAGUCAUUCUCCAGAGACUUCAAGGUGGCGAUCGACCUCAAGGUGAUCAAGAAUGCCUCCAAAUGCUGAGGGCGUGGCCGCGAUGGUUGCAGCGGUGCCAAGAUAUGAAGAUGUCAAUCCCCGAUGGAACAGUCUUGGCUAAGGGAUUGUCAACUACAACGGCGGCUACCAUAUCGUCGAGUCCAGAUGCGAUGUUUCGUACACAACUGGUUCGCGCGACGCUCAAGAUCGAUCAGCAGCCGUCGCUGGACGAUGUUGUUAAGUACCAGAAGCACUUGCAAGCUGAGGUUGAGAUGAUUCUUUCGUCGUCUUUGAAGGUUACCUCGGCGCCCUCCAUCAAGGCGGUCAAUGUUCCCACGACCGAGCUCGCAAAUGUCUUGCCUGUGGAAGUGAGGUCUCCUACCAGCGCAAAGGGACAUGCGGAACCAGAAGGCUGCGGCCAAGGUAGCAAGUACGGCUACUCCGUCGUCGACCUCGCCUACGAUCAAUGUGGUUUCGUUGAAGGGAGCCAGGGCAACUACGACGAGUGGCAGAGCGGCAGCGCGGUACUAGUCAAUCUGGCUGGAGGAGAGACGGUGGAGUUGAAGAUGAAUGCAGCUGGAACAUUGUUAGUACCAAUGUCGGGUCCCUCCGAAACGACUUCGGCAACGGCGCCUAUCGUGCCGCUUGGUUCCUUAGUGGAGAUGCUGGGAUACCGACUAGAAUGGGCAGGUUCUCGAUGUAAGUUGUUUGGCCGAGAUGGGGAAGUGAUCAACUUACGUGUUCGCAAUGGAUGUCCGGAGAUCACGGAGCAGCAGGCCUUGUCCCUCAUCAGCAAGAUCGAAGACAGGAAGCCGGAAUCGCUGAAGUCACUUACCGAGAUAACUAAGGCCAAGGUUCGUGAAGCAGCUCUGGCGCUGAACAAGACGUGGUUCGAUCAUUUGCUGACGUACUGUGAGUCAGGGUUGAGCUCGGAGGCUUUGCUUGCUAUUGACCGCGCGCCCUUCUUCGAAGGAGUUCAUCGACCCGCUCUUCAAGGCCUUGCAGAAGCAGUUCCAAUUUCCAAUGGAUGGGAUGCGCUAAAGGGCUUGAGAUUUGUGGUGUUGGAGCUUGAUCUGGAAAGGGGAAAGACGCAUGAUGUGAACAAUCCUUUGGUCUGGAGGGCUUUGGAGUGGGGAGCGAGACAUGGUCGCAUUGCAUCGUUGGUUGGUGGGCCUCCUCAAAAUUCCUUUAUGCUGCGGAGACAUAUGACCCCUGGACCAGAGGUCCUUCGGUCUGCCGAGUUUCCGUAUGGUGGGUGGUCAGGCCUGUCUGCAGCAGAGGUUGACUAUGUGAACAAACACACUGGUCUCUUUGCGAAGAUGUUGUAUUUGCAUGCGUUGUCUACGGCGGGUAGAACUAAGUUUCCUCCAGACCCUGCAGACGUUCGUGAAGUGGGUUUUCUACUUGAGCAACCGCGCGAUCCCAGAGGUUAUCUUCGUUUUGAUGACCCUUUGUUCCAAGAUUGCGUGAGUUUUUGGAGAACACCUAUGUGGCAGGAGUGUGCGGAGGAGGCGGGCAUGUCGAGCUACUCGUUUGACAUGUCGUCGAUCGGGAAAGCGCUUCCAAGGCACACGACCAUCGGCACCAAUUUGCCAUUGAGACACUUGGACGGUCUACGAGGUCGGAUACAGCUUGAUGCGGUUCCUCCUGAAAAAGCUCCUCCCUCAGUAUGGUCUCGGGAAUUUUCCGAGGUUGUUGCCAUCGCUGUUCGGACUCAGCGGUUAUCGCCAAGAAUGUUGAAGAUGUCGACGGAGCAGUGGCGGGAACAUGUUAGACGGGGACAUCUUCCUUAUCGUUCAGACUGUUUGACAUGUGUUUCCGCAGGGGCAACGGGGAGGAGGCAUGCAAGGGUGGAGCACCCGAGCUGUUUUGUGAUGUCUGCAGAUGUGAGUGGGCCUCUGAAAGUUCCGGGGCUGGAUGCGGAUGCAAGGGGGGCUUUCCCCCGACCUCAUAAGUACCUCUUCGUUGCGAAGGUUAGAAUUCCGAAGGCCCUUGUUGAUGAUGGUCGUGGUGCAUGCGUCGAGUAUGACCCAGGUGAGCUUGAAGCAGAUGGACCCAUAGCCGAAGGUGCUUUCGACUUCUCUGAAGAUGUUUCCCCAGGAGCUGCCGGUGAAGAAGGUGUCCGGGAAGAGGAGCCUGUGGCAGCCGAUGAGGAUGAUGAUGAUGGGGUUCAAACCAAAAGAAAGGAUCCUCAGCGACAUGAAGAUGAUUCAGAUCUUACGGGCCCAGAUUUGGUGAAUUUAGUGUUUGCAGCUGCGACGCCAGACAAUAAAAGUGCUACGGUGCUGGAGUGCAUCCAAGACGUCGUCCUCUACUGCAAUUCUCUCAAUAUACCAGUACUUCGUUUUCAUUGUGAUCGGGGAAUGGAGUUUUAUGCGAAAGCAACUCGUCAGUGGCUGAAGUACCAUGGUAUUCGAUUUACCACUAGUGAAGGCGGUGUCUAUGGCUGCGGCAUCCCAGAGAGCAACCACACUGGGGAUGGAGACGAAGCUGGCAGCGCCAUUCGGCGCACGGGUGUUGGCAAGUACCUUGGUCUUUCAGAUACGGUGCGAAGGGGACAUGUUAUCUAUGUGACCGAGGGCGAGGCUGAGAAGUUCAUCCAUACAGUCCAUGUUCGCACAGAGUUCACUGAGCCCGAGAUCCCAGAUGUUUUUGAAGCUGAUCUACCGGGCUCAGACUAUCGUGGUGAUGAGGAGCUAAAGGCCAAGGCAUCUGCGCUGAUGAAUUCUUGGUCCCAGGAGGAGGCUGAGAGUUUGUGUGUCCAGAUAGCGCUGAUGCUUGGUUCGCAUGAAAGAGUUUUUGGAGUGUUCCGACAUGGAGGAGCCGUCGGGCUUACAAGGGCCACGUUUGACAGAUCAUGGAUUGUCGAGUUCUUCGUGAAGACCUUUGUGAUGAAGUGCCCUGAUGCAGAGUUCACUUCGUUGUAUGUGUCGGUUAAUGCUCAGAAAGAUCUUCAUACUGACAGCAACAACCUGUCCGGGAAGAGCAACUAUCUGUACCCCAUUGUGAUGCCUCGCCGUGGAGGAGAUCUUUGGAUAGAGAUUUCAGAUGGGGACAUUGUGAGGGGAAAGGUCACGGAAAUGCUGGAUUCCCGAGGAGUUCCCCAUUAUGGCUGCGUGAGUCCACUGGAGCAAGGUCGGAUCACGGUCUUUGAUCCCCGUCGGCGGCACGCUGUUCUUCCGUGGAAAGGAUUGAGAAUAGCUGCUUAUACGACGGGUGUGUUGAGGAAUCUGUCAGGAGCUGAUCGUGAAGUUCUCGCUCGUCUAGGGUUUCCAGUACCCCCAGAAGGUGAUGAUCCGGCGCCCGAAGUAUCACUGCGUAUGGUUUCGGUACAAGCACAGAAGGAGGACAACUACAUCAAAGAGCUUGAGGAAGAAAUCUGUGCGAUCCCCAAGAGCAUGACGAGUAACACUGAUGGAGGUACCAAUGACAGAACCCUUGAUCAACAAAGCUCGGAUGAGGAGGAAAAGAUCAAUGAUGGCUUCCUGAUGCGCUCUACCGAUGAAGAGGUUGAGCAUUGGGACAUGUAUCUUCCGCUUCGAGAAGGUGAUCCAGAAGCUGUUCCUAAGGUCAAGAUUGCGUCUUCCAGUGCUUCCAUUCAGAUGAGCAAGAUGGAGGUGACAUAUACCUCAAAUGUGGAACAUCUAUUGGAUGGCUUGUCGAGUCCUUUGGCCAUUGUUCAUACGGUCGAUCCCAAGGAGGCGCAGGACAGUUUUUCCAAGUGGAUUCCCUCGGUCGAGAAAGAGAUGAGAUGA